AAAUAGAAAUUUCAAUUGGGAAUAUAUUUUUAAUUAAAAAACAAACAUGAAUUGGUUCUCUAUAUUUUUACUAAUUUAUCUAUCGCUACAGAUGGCGACAGCACAACAUUGCUACAACAAAAGACGGAUGCAUAACCGAAAUGCACGUCAUAUGCUACAAAACCUCUACGCCGAGCUGCAGCCCAGUGAGGGCGGUGGUGGAGGUGGCGGUGCUGAGGGUGGAGCCGAUGAAUGCAAGAAAAGUGGUGUUACCUCCGGAAAUCCUAAGCAGAAAGCCACUAAUAUUGCGCAGAAAGCUGCCAAAGAGGCUAAAGCCGCCUCAGACGCACAACAAGCCGCAGGCGAAGCUGCCUCCCAACAGGUGAAGGCACAACUCGCUGAGAAGGCUGUGGCAGCUGCUAAAGCAGCAGAAGCUGCACUUGCCGGCAAACAGCAAAUCGUACAGCAAUUGCAGCAAGAAGUACGUGAAGCUGAGGCUGUGGUUCAGGAGCAGAGCAGUUCGUUGCAGAAUGCUCAACAGAAUGUGAAUGCCGCCAUGCAGGCCGCACAAAAUGCGGCCCAACAACUGAAAACGCUUACCAAAGCUGUAAGUAUGGCUCAAGUGAACGUAGGGAAUGCAGAGCAGGCCGCGCAGGGUGCACAACAAGAUUUGGCUGAGAAAACACAAUUAAUGGAGGCUGCAAAGAGUCGCGUUGAGCAACUAUUGCGUCAGUUGAGUUCAGCACGUAAUGAUUAUGCUAAGACAAAAGACGCCGCAAUGAAGGCGGCUGCAGCAGCGCACGAAGCCAAACAGAAUGCAAAUCCGGGCAAUCGCUGUGGACGCUCCUCGCCUGCCAGCCGUUUGAUGGCGAAGCGCCAUUUGCGUAUGGUUCAGCGACAACGCCACUAAUGUACUCGUAUUCGCAACUCUUACAUACAAAUAUGGAAAUAUAUUAUAUAUCCAUUAUGUGAAGUCAUCCUUUUUAUCGUUGGAUAUUUUUUUUAAAACUUUGCAAUUAAAUAAAUAGACAUCUCCCAUUC